AUGUGCACACCCCGCUGGCCGGGCGAGCUCGAGAUCAUGCACGCCAAGGCGUCAAGCCUGCACGUGCUGGGCGAACAUGCAGCUGCUGUGAGAUACAUGUGCUCCCUCUCCCUCACAUCCAGCCAUGACACCAUGCCGUGCCAUGCGCUCACCUUCUACCACUUGCUCUACUCCCCUCCCUCCCUGACACUCACCCCACCAGAUGCGCCUAUGCGUCUGUACGAUGAGCUGCUGUCCUCUCCCGUCCAGCCCAACGAGCAGACGACAUACCGCGAGAGGACCUUCUUCCAGCGCCACCUGCUCGCCUACACGGUGUCCCGCCUCGACCAGCCCUUCUCUGCCUUCCGCAUUGACGAUGACCUGGAUGAGGAGUGGCGGGUGAGAAAAUGGGUGGGGGAGGAGAGGGGGGCGGGGAGAGGGAGAGGGGCACGGGUGCCUUCCCUUCGUUCACCCAUCGGACUCAUUGCCUUCCCAUCCCACCGAGCUCAUUACAGCGCACUGCACAAUCAUGCAAGUGAAAGAGCUUCACCUUGCAACAUAAUUCUCUCAUCCUCCCCUCUCCUCUCUUCCCUCCUCCUCCCCUCUCCUCUCCUCUCCUCCCCUCACCUCGCUUCCCCCCUCCUCCCCUCUCCUCCCCUCUCUUCCCGUCCCCUCUCCUCCUGUCCCCUCUCCUCCCGUCCCCUCUCCUCCCGUCCCCUCCCCUCCCACCUCCUCCCUCUCCUCCCUUUCCUGCCACCCAUGCCACGCGUGACAGGGCAAUUGCAAGCUGCCACGUGGAAGCACCUGCCACGUCUGUCAGGGGCGGCAUUGCAGCUGGUGGAAGCGGCGGACGUGAUUGGUGCUCGCACGCACUACGACACCGAUGGCAUGCUGCUCAACACCCAGCAGCUGCGCAUGGCAGGGCUGGCAGCCUUAGACGUGACGCACAAGCUGCGCAUGGCAGGGCUGGCAUCACUGGACGUGAUGCAGCAGGUGAGGCGCACACUGCUGCUGAUAGCGGAUCAGAUGCGCAUCGCCCCUCUUCUCUUUGGCACCGACGGCCCGGAUGGGCCUGAUGAGCAGUGGCAGCAGCAGCUGGAGCAGGCGCUUCAGGAGAGACAAGGCGGGCAACGCACGGGCCGCAGCCGACAAAGCAGCAGCGGGGGUGGGCGGAGUCCGUUGGACCGAUCUGACCUGAUGACGAGCUGGCGGCAUGUGUUUCGAGUGCUGGUGGCGUGGAGGCAGGUGUCAGACGCCAUGGAGCCCAUUGCAUGGAAGGCUUUUGCCAAGGGGCAGCGCUGGCCUGCCGACAUGCUCUAUCGCACCGACACGCCUAUUUUCACAUGGGUCAUGGGCACCGCUCGCUACCUCGCCGUCUAUCCCAACUUCCCCCCAGCAGGUUCUUCAACAGCAGCGCCACUUUUCCUUGCCCCACUGCUCCCUUUCUUUCCUCCCUCCCCUUCCUGCACAGGGCAGUGGAUAUCACAUGGCAUGGCAGGGCCUAUUGCAGUCUCACAGAGGGCGCUUGAUGCCGAGGGUGAUGAACAUCGCGCGCCAGGGCCUGCUGCAGUCACAGAUGGCGUUUCAAGCCAAGUGAACAUCACGAGGCGCGGCCUGUUGCAGGCAGAGAGGGCGUUUGAUGCCGACACCCACCAGCCCUUUGACGUGCCUCGCUCCACCUUCGGCGCCCAGCUGGAGGCAGCGGAGGAUCAUGAGGGGCUCUUCAACGUGAUUGGUCGGGACUUCUACGUGCGCCUGCCUUGCUACAGCCGGGCAUUCCCAGGGUUAGUGCGCCUGCCGUGCUACAGCACGCCACACCACGCUCAAGAUGCUUUCAUGCUCUCAUGUGCACCCUUCCUCUUACCUCCCCUUACCUCCUCUGUCUGCUGCAUGCACCUGUUCUGGCUCUCGAUCCUCAUUGUCAUUGAUUGCCCCUCCCCGCCCACCCUCCUGUGCAGGAAAGAUAUGGGCGGCACAGAGUUCAGAUUACGAAAACGCCCGUUGGCAGUGGACUUUGACACGUUCACCACAGUGGACGCAACGCGGUGGAACGCAUUUGACUCGGAGCUCACAGCAGCGUGGCAGGGAUUCAUGGAGGCCGCACUGGACCACCGCACCAAGGCCACGUCGCCGCAUGUGUACCGCCAGCACAUCCAGGAUCAGAUCAUUGCCAUUGCUUACUACUGGUUCCAGCUCAUGCCUCUGUCCCGGGGGUCAGCCAUGGUGGGGCUCAUGUCCAUUAUCAGCCUCUCAAUGGCUGCUGACAUGGAAACCACAUCACAUGUUCCUCGAGAUAUCCUGGUGAGUGCAGUCUCAUCAGUGUCUGGUGCCGCUGGUGCCACCAUCUGGAAACCACUGCGCAUGUCCCUCGGGACCGCCUGGUGA